UCGGAAAGACGUUGAUUCCAGGUGUUGUGUUUCGCAGAUUGUCCUCGUUAGCCUGGUAACCUGCAGAGCUACUCAGCUAGUGCAGGUGUGUACCAGAUGUGUUUGUCAUCCGUCGGAUGUGAAACAGAGGUCUGACUUAUUGAUUGGUGUUUGGGCUGGUCUCAAGCUUUGAUUGGAAGUUCGAUUUUGAAUCCAAAUGAAAAUGGCGACAGUAAACAAUAACAAUGUUGAUGAGAGUGAAGAGGAAUUGAAGGCUAGAUUGCUACGUGCUGUGAAGAAAGAGGUGAAGCAGAUCAUGGAAGAGGCAGUAACGAGGAAGUUUGUGCAUGAAGACAGUAGCAGCAUAGUGUCACUGUGCG